CACGAGAUUCUCCUCAUCCCACAAACAUAAAGCAAUUAAUUAAUAAAAUGAUGAUAAGGAUUUUAUAUUAUAUAGUUUCAAGGAUAUAUAUAAAAGGCAUGCGUUGCUAUUCAAAGAUAGUUUGUAUUUUGUACAACUUAAUUUUCCAAUCAGCAUUCAAGAAGUGAUGGUGUGGCCAAUUCGGUCCAGAAUUAUUAGUUCAGUUCUCCGAUCAAAGGCACCUUUAGUGGCUUCAUACGUCCAUGGAGACUCUCUGGUUUCCUCCAUAACAAGGCCAUGCCCAAAAUUUAUGAAUUGGGUAAGAAAAGAUGGUUGCCAUGCAUCAGCUGCAGCAUCAUUGCCUUCAUUCAAGGAGAAACAGCCAGAGGAUAUUGGUAAUGAAAAUAAAGGUCUUGAUGUAGGGAAUAUGACUGAAAUUGAUGGCUACCUAAAUUUAUUUGGUUUGAUGAAACAAAGGUUUUUAAAUUUCAAGAACCAAAAGUACAUGAAAGAGUUGGACCAUUAUGAAUCUCUUGCUGAAGCUCAAUAUCCAAAGUUUAUGGUAAUUGCUUGUGCAGAUUCAAGGGUGUGCCCCUCUAACAUAUUAGGAUUCCAACCUGGUGAAGUCUUUAUGAUACGUAACAUUGCCAAUCUUGUGCCUAUGAUGAAGAAUGGACCAUCAGAGUGUAAUGCUGCUCUUCAAUUUGCAGUAACUACUCUUCAGGUUGAAAAUAUAUUAGUCAUUGGUCAUAGUAGCUGUGCUGGAAUUGAAGCACUGAUGAAGAUGCAAGAAGAUACAGAACCAAGAAACUACAUACACAAUUGGGUUGCCAAUGGGAAAGUUGCCAAAUCGAAAACAAAAGCUGCCACAUCUCAUCUUUGCUUUGAUCAACAAUGCAGAUUCUGUGAGAAGGAAUCUAUUAACCAAUCAUUAUUAAACUUGCUAAGUUAUCCAUGGAUAAAAGAUAGAGUAAGGAAGGAUUUGCUUUCUAUUCAUGGAGGAUACUAUGAUUUCUCAAAGUGCUCGUUUGAGAAAUGGACCCUUGAUUUUAAAGAAUGCAAUGUUAAUGAAGAAAGAAGCAGUUAUGUUGUCAAAGAAAAAGAAUUUUGGUGCUGAGGGAAUGAUUUAUGCUGAUUGUGAUCUCGGAUUUGUCAUGAUUCUUUUAUGUAAAAAAACUUGAGUCCAAAAAAAAGAAUAUUAUGUAAAGAAGUUAAUGUGAAAUUAUAAAUAAAUCAUUAUUGUGUGCAAUCUAAACUGCAGUACAUUGUAAGUAUGUGGUCCCUAACUACGUUAAUAAGAGUGUUGCAUCAAAUGAUA